AUGAAGAACAAACACCGAAAUUUGGACGUGAUCCACCACGGUUUAGUCCUUAUUUCCGACGGAAAAGGGCGAGGAAGACCGUCUAGGCUGUUGCUGACGAAAGAUCAAAUAUCGAUUCAAAUCCCGGCUGACCUCGUCGUCGACGAGCCAUCAGUAGCUCCAGAAGAGACGGCCACCCGACAAGUUGUUAUCAAGAAGCGAAAGGAUGUGCAAGGAUUGGGGUUGAGCAUUCGGGGAGGCGAUCAGAACAGCAGCUUUCCGAUCGUGAUUUCAAAGAUUUUCCCGGAUAUGCCAGCCGAAGAAACCAAGCAGCUUUUCGUUGGUGACGCUAUCGUCGAAGUAAACGGUGUUGGAGUUGAUGGAAAAUCACAUGAUGAGGUGGUGGACAUGCUCAAAAGCGACGCCGACGAGGUCACCCUAGGCGUUCGCCACUACACCAGUAUCGCACCAUACUUAAAACCUGCCGUAUCCCUGCAGCCCGGGAGAAGCGGAAGUGCUUUGGAUAAGUUAUACGAGCCGAAUACUUGGAAGUCAGCGAUGAAAGCCCACUCGGAUUUGGGGUUGUAUGAAAAGAAACCUGACGGCAAGACGACGCAUCACGCAUCAUUAGGAACCCUUGAUCGUGAUGACGGGAAGUGGCGUACUAUCUCUACGAUUCCACUACCAAUGGCUUACAUUACGAGGUUUUUGUGGGGAACCGAUAAUUUAAGACAAAACGCCUUCGAGCUUCGCGCUGUUGAUGGCACAUCUUCAGGGAUUAUUCAUUGUGAGGACAAUAAAGCCUUGGACCAGUGGCUAAUAAAAAUCCACCAUCACAUCAACCACCUCAACCAGAAGAGCAUCAAGAUGAGCAACAAGUAUUUGCAUCAGAGUGAGCAGAUCAGCCACAUUGGCUGGGUAAACGAACGAAUCCCCGAAGACCUCGCCGCAGACCCGAAACAACGCUGGGAACCCAGGUUUCUGAUCCUAAAAGGAGGCGAUAUCUGCUUAUUUGAGACGCCACCGCUGAAUUCUGACGACCUUGGAAAAUGUUUGAACCUUUACAAGUGUUAUGAUGUGGCAGUGAAACAGAUUCCGGACGACAUGCGCAAGCUGGACAAACGGGACAAUUGUAUUUGGAUUGAGACAUCGAUGGGGGCCGACGCCCGGCAUUACCUAGCAUUCGAAUUCCCACAAAUGUUGGAACAGUUCGAGGCGACUUACUACCGUUGCGUACAUGCUACAAUUAACGCCUUACAGACGCGCACCUUUGCGUGCAGUUACGAAGGGCGCCCGAGUGGACUGGUGUUUGACAUCAAGCAGGGCAUCAGUUUAUAUGAUAUUCCGACGAAGAGCUACGCCUGGCAAUACCGAUUCCGAGAUCUCCACUCUUCCUCCGACGAUGGGAAAGUGUUAGUACAACUCGUCUUCAACGAUCCAAGAAGUUUGGACCCAAGUAAAUUGGAGACAAAGGAUAUGGAGUGCGAAGAGGUGCUGGCCGUAGUCUACAACCUACACGCAUUCCUCAUCGCGAAGAUUGUCGCCUCGGAUCCGGACUUUUUGAAGCAGAACCCCCUAGCUCUUGCUCAAGAUACUUUCUUGAUCGGCGACAUUAUUUCGGAUAGACCAAAUCGAUACUUAAAAUUUGUUUCCCACAAUUUCAACGAAAAACCUGGGCCUCUGACCCUGAAAAAAGACGCAAAGUUGUUGAAAGAAAAGAAUGGUAUCGUGCAGUAUGACUUGACCUCACAUGGAUGGGAUGGCCAAAAGCUGAGCGCCGUCAAGGUGAAGGUGGAAAUUCCUAAUGCAGUGCCAGGAAAAUUGUACAAAGAUAUUGUGGUAGAUGAUAUCUUUUGGGAAGACAGACAUUGGGCAGAAGUUGUUGGAUCGAAAUCAGGAGUCCAGGAAUUCGUGGUGAUGGAUGGAGGGCUGCUAUUUCAGUACAACAAAACCGCGCCCGAAUUCACGGCCACGUUCAGCGAGGUGGUACUGCCAGAUGGAUGUCGUUGUGGCGUCUUUGCCGAGAAAUACAACGAGUCGGUGCCAAACUAUUUGCAUUACGCGAAUUACUGGUUUGAGGAUGAGCAGCCAAAGGAGUGCGCAAACGUUGCUUGCGGAUGGUCGAUCGUUGCGGCAAGAUAUGAAGAUCGACCGAUCAAAUUCUCCUUCAAAGGCAAUAUUGAGCCCGAGGAUACCGUAUAUAUGCGAUCAGCCAAGGGCAUCAAUUUGAUGCCGAUCACCCCACAGCUCCAAAGCUUCAACAUUACCGUACCCGGCAAAAUUGAUUUGUUCUUCAAAAGCGGCCCGAACCCGAGGGGAAAUCGAAAGCUCGCGAUUAAUUAUGAGUUUGAAAACACUUAUUAU